GCGUCGGAGAUGGCAUCGCCGGCGCCGACGGAGGCGGAGGAGCUCGCGGCGCUCAAUAAGGCCCUCACCGCGCUCGGAUUCACCGACGAUGUCAAGCUCGAGCGCUUCCUCCACGUGCUCAUGCCGCGGGUCAUCGACCAGAUGGCGUCCAAGCACGAGUCCACCAAGCGCAAGGUUCUGGAGAUACUAUCGCACGUUAACAAGCGAAUCAAGGCGGUGCCCGCCAUGCCCCUGCCCCUCGAGGACCUCACCGCGCUGUACGUCAACGAGGAGAGACCCCCGACGGUGCGCAACUUUGCGCUCAUCUACGUCGAGCAGGCGCACGCGCGCGCCACGCCGGAGGAUCGCGCCGCCCAGAUCCUCCCUCUCCUGAAGGGCGUCGGCGCGCGCCCGAAGCAGGCCGCCGACAUCAUCUGCAGGCUCGCGAUACAGGCCCUCGCGGUCCCGGAGCGGCACGUGCGCGUGCCCGUCAACGACAUGGAGUUCAUGACCGUCGCCCGCGAUCGAGCCGCGUUCGUCGCGCACGCGCUGCUGUACCUGAUGUACCAGCCGAACACGUCGGGACACGCGCCCGUCGCCGCCCCCGCGCCGUCCCCCGCGGAGCAGGCGGCGCGCGCCGUCGCCAAUGUCGCCGGAGUCGCGCCGGGUCCCGCCUCAGAUGGUCCAGCCGCCGCGUCCCUCGCAGCCGCGCCCCCGCCUCCGACGGCGCCGCCCGGCAUGUCCCCGGCGUCCGUCGAGCGCGUGUUGACGCACUACCUCGUCGCCGCGUGCGACGCCGACCACGAGGUGGCCAAGAGGGGCGAGGAGCUGCUCAGGCGUCGGUGCGUGUGGGACACGAACCGACCGACGGUGGACCUGGAGGACGGCGCGAUAGUCUCGAAGCUGUACCGCGCGUUCCUCGGCGACCCCGAAUCCGUGCCCAUCGAGUCCAGGGCGAAUCCCGCGUCACCCGCGCUGAAGCUUCGAUUGAUAGCGCUGAUGUGCCGGUCCGUCGCCGCCGCGAACGCGUUCCCACACACGGUUCAGGCGAUAUUCACGGGGUUGUACGGCGCCGGGACCAACCUCCGUAUGAAGGCGGCCGCGAUGGAGCUCGCGGUGUGGGUGCUGCGUCACGCGACGGACUCACAGCUGGCGCAAGCCGCGCCGCUCCUCUUUAGCGGGAUGAUAAAGCUGCUCGACGGGGAGACGAAAGGCGCGGCGGCGUCGGGCGGGAUCGCCGCCGGCGGCGUCGCGUCCCUGCGCGGGUUCUGUUACCAGGCGCUCGGUCAGCUCGCGACGCGCCUGCCGAGGCUGGUCGUCGGGACGCCCGACCUCGCGGCUCGGGUUUUCACCGCGCUCGGGACGGAGCCCGAGGCUGUUCGGCCGUCGGUGCAGACUGCGGCGCGGUCGCUCGCGUCCGCGUACAAGGGCUGCGGCGGCGGCGUCGCCAUGGCCAUCGAGGGGUUACUCCUGUCGUCCAUCGACGCGGGGGCGGCGGGCGGGGGGGACGACGCGGGCGGCGUGGGCGCCAGGCGGCUGGUCGCGGCGCAGUGGGCCAGGGACCUGUUCCCCUUUGCGCACGCGCCGGCGAGGUACCUCUGCGUCGUCGCGUGCGGGGACGAGAAGCAGGACGUGCGCGAGGUUGGCAGGGCGGGGCUGCGUCCGCCGGACGGCGAGGGCGACGAGUUCGCGCGCGCCAGGCGCGGGAGACUCGCGAAGCGGGACGAGGACAGCGACAAUGCCGGGGCGGGCGUCGGGUCGCUCCCGGCGGCGGCCACCUUCCUCGACUACCUCGCCUCGCGUCACCCCGAGCUCUCGAAGCCCGCCAGCCUCGCGUCCAAGCUGCCGCUCCCGCCGCUCGCCAUGGCCGCGGCGCUCGACUUUGUCAGGCUCUGCGUCGCGAAUGACUCUGCGAAUGACUCUCCCGUGGAUCCGAAAGCGUCGUCGCCGCCGGGGUACCGAAGGUUCCUCGAGCGCUGCAUGGUAAAAUCCGCGCCCGGGGACCUCACCGCCGCCGCGGCCACCGCGAUCGUGGAGCUCAUCGAGCGCGACCGCGCGUCCGUCGUCGACGGGGACGACGCGGCGUCGCUCAACGGCAUCGCGCGGCACUUCGCGGGCGCCGUGGACGGUCCGACUCGACAAGUCGCCGCCAAAAUUUGCGGCGCGUUGGCGUCUCGGCUCGCGCCCGCACCCACCGCCGCCGUCGCCGAGCUGGACCGGCUCCUCGCCAUCGCGGGUAAGGACGGCGUCAAGGCCGGGUCGGAGGUGCACGGGAGGUUCGAGGAUCAGGACGGGGCUCUGCGCGCGGCUGGGUACGUCGCCGCGGCGGGAAACUCCGAGCCGCUGAGGCUUCAAAACCCGCCGUUUCCCCCCGGGAAGGUCAUCGAGGCGCUCGACGUCUUCGUCGCCGUCGCGGGGUGCAGGAACCCGACGCUCGCGGGGACCGCCGUGGAGGCGAUCGGGCACGUGGGCAUGACCGGCCUGCCGGACCUCCCCCGCGCCCCGCCGGUCGCCGAGGGGGACGGUGACGGAAACGGUGACAAAAACGGUGACAAAAACGGAACGACGGCGGCUCGCUCCGACGGGAUCCCGGACGACGGGGACGCGCCGUCGGGCACGAUGGACCUCCUCGUGCGGCGACUCGCGCGCGUGAUGACGAAGAUCUCGGACCCCGGCGCGGCGCAACGCGCGGCUCGCGCGGCUGGCCACGUCAUCGCCGGGGGAUGCGCCCCUGCGGAUGCGGCUUUUCUCGUCGACGCGUUGUUCAAGCUCGCCGGGACCAAGAGCGAGGAGACGCGGGUCGCGGUGGGCGAGGCUCUGUGCUUCGCGUUCGGCGGCGUGGGCGUCACCGCGGAAGGGUGGUUGUUUGGCUCGUUCGCGAGCCUCGCGGAGUUCACGGAGAAGACGUCCGUCGAGAAGACGUCGAGUUCGAAGGCGGCGGCGGCGGCGGAGACGGGAUCGGCCGGGGACGGGGUCUUCGCGGGAACCGACGCGAUUCGCGAUAAGAUCCUCGACGCGAUUUUCCAGAGGUACCUUUACUCGUCGCGGUCCGAGGAGCGAUGCGCGGCGUGCGCGUGGCUCCUCGCGCUCGUUCUUCACACCCGGCGGCACCCGAGGUUGCUGUCGAUGCUCUCCGAGAUUCAGGAGGCGUUUGGGAGCUUGCUGGGCGAUCAGAACGAGCUGACGCAGGAGAUGGCCAGCCGGGGCGUCAGCGUCGUCUACGAGCUGGGCACGGAGGAGCAGCGAAAAGAGCUCCUCGGGUCCCUGAUGGGGGUCCUGUCCGGCGAGAGCCAGCGCAAACGUCGGGUCAAGCUCGACGACGACACUCAGGUGUUCCAGGAGGGUACCAUCAAGAUUGACGACAAGGAACUCGCGAAGAAGAGCGACGGCGACGCGCCCGCUGGCUCCACCGGGGGCGGCAGCCUCAGCACCUACAAGGAGCUGUGCUCGAUCGUGACCGACAUCGGCCAACCCGACCUCAUCUACAAGUUCAUGGACCUGGCCAACUACCAGGCUAUGCUGAACAGCAGUAAGGGCGCGGCGUACGGGUUCGCCGGCAUCGCGAAGCGAGCGGGCGACGCCCUCGCGCCGCACUUGGCCAAGCUGCUACCGAAGCUCUACCGCAUGCAGCACGACCCGAGCCCGAACAUGCGCGAGGCGGUCAAGGGAAUCUGGCAGGCUGUCGUGGACGAUCCGAAGGGCGCGGUGGAUGCGCACUUUAGCGCGGUGAUGGAGGAGCUUCUCUCGGAGUGCGGCAGCAGGAUGUGGCGCGCGAGGCAGUCCUCGGCGUCUGCGCUGGCGGAGCUGCUCUCGGGCAGGCGCUUCGCCGAGGUCGAGCCGUACCUGGAGCGCGUGUGGGAGGCCAGUCUCCGAUCGAUCGACGACAUCAAGGAGACGGUCCGCGAGGCUGGAAAGACCCUGUGCCGCGCGUCGAGGGGCCUGACAGUUCGCCUGUGCGACUCGCACCACUCCUCCCCCGCGGAGACGCGCGCGACGAUCGAGAAGACGCUGCCCAUGCUCCUCAACAAGGGAUUAAACUCCACCGUUCGCGAGGUUCAGGCGCUCGCGAUGGACGUCGUGAUGAACGUCGCCAAGCACGCGGGUAGCGCGGAGCUCGGACCGCAUAUCCCCACGAUGGUCACGUGCCUCCUCGAGGCGCUCUCCUCGAUGGAAGAUUCCAGGUUGAACUACAUAGAGCAGCACGCGCCCGCGAUUGGUCUCUCGCAGGAGCGGCUUGAGCACGCGAGGCUGCAGUCCGCGAAGGCUAGCCCCAUGGGCGAGACCCUCGACUUGCUCAUGAACCACGUGGACGACGAGGUCAUGAAGGAGCUGGUGCCCGCCGUCGGCGGGGUGCUGCGGUCCGGCGUCGGUCUCAACACGCGCGCGGGCGCCGCGAGGUUCCUGUCCAGGCUGUGCCUUCGCCGAGGGUCCCUGGUCCGCCCUCACGCCGGUAAGCUGUUCAAGUCGCUGCUCUCCGCGGCGGAGACAGACAAGAGCGCGUCGGUGUUUGCGGCGAUGGUCUCAGCCGUCGCCGCCGUCGCGAGACACGCGACCGAGGCCAGGGUGAACCAGCUCGUGGAGGACGUGGCCGCCGCGUACGAGUCCGUGGACGACGACAACCACGAACGUCGGGCGACGCUCGCCGCGGCGUUGGCUCUCGAACUGUCCAGAAACGCCUCCGACGCCCUCCGAGACCACGCGACGAAGAUUUUGCCCCUGGCCUUUGUCGGUCGGUUCGACGCGGAUGACAAGCGACGGAAGAAGUGGGAGGAGGUCUGGGAGGAGAACUCCUCGGGAGCCUCGUCGACGGUGAGGCUCUACCUGGACGAGAUCCUGGCCUCCGCCCUCGCCAGGCUCGGCUCUUCGCAGUACCAGAUCAAGCGACAGGGCGCGAGCGCGCUCGCGGGUCUCGCCACCGCCGCCCCCGACGUCGUCGCCGGAAAAGCCCCAGAGAUGCUCGCGGCGCUGACGAAGGAGCUCCCGGGACGGGUCUGGGAGGGCAAGGAGUCGCUGUUGCCCGCGGUGGCGGACGUCGUGGAGAAGUGCCCGGCCGCGGCGUUGACGUUCGGCGGCGACGAAGUCGUCGCCGCGCUCGUCGCCGAGGCGGCGAGGAAAAAGUCGAGCUACCGCGAAGCCGCGCUGAGGGCGCUGGACAGGUCCCUCGCCGCGCUCGCGGGACCG